AUGCGAGUGUUGAUUGCGAAGUUGCUCAAACCUGCCAAAGCCUCAGUGACUUAUGUGCCAUGUAAGCUCGUACAUUCCCGCUUACCAGCCUCCAAAGUGGAUGUUUCAGUACUUGGAGAAUCGCUCAAGUUUCGAAAUGGUCGAACUGCACAAAACAGGUUCCUCAAAGCAGCUUUGACGGAACGAACAUCGACAUGGGACGCCAAAGAUCCCUCGAAACGAGGAAUACCAACUGAAGGUCUUGUCAAUCUCUACGACAAAUGGGGCCAUGGGAAAUUUGGCGUAAUUCUCACCGGCAACAUUUGUGUGGAUCCGUUCAAUCUCGAAUCAGCUGGAAAUGUGGUGUUCAGCAAAGAGAAUGACUCUCCAAAGUUGCGAGAAAUGGCUUCUAAGGUUGCCAAGGCCGCCAAGCAAGAUGGUGCCUUGGUUGUUGCUCAGAUAUCGAAUGCAGGUCGACAAACUCCAGAGCCAGUGAAUCCGCAUCCGUUUUCGUGCUCCGAUAUUCAGCUGACAGUGAAAAGACGAUUCACGGGUUUUGGAAAACCGGUUGCUCUUACAGAAACGCAAAUUAAAACUGAAGUCGUGGAUCGAUUUGUGUACACGGCCAAGUUCGCUCAUGACAAUGGAUUUGAUGGAGUGCAGCUUCAUGCUGCCCACGGCUAUUUGUUAUCAUCUUUCUUAUCACCGACAACGAAUAACCGUACGGACAAAUAUGGUGGCUCCGUCGAGAAUAGGAUGAGAGUGGUUCUAGAGAUUUUCGAUGGAAUCAAAAAGAAGAUCGAUGAUACUGGUUUCCUAGUAGGGAUAAAAAUGAACUCAGUCGAGUUCCAGGAUCGAGGCCUAGGACUGGAGGAUGCCAAAAUUAUUGGCGAAAUUUUAGAGGAGAGUGGAUUCGAUUUUGUGGAGUUGUCGGGUGGAACGAUUGAACGACCAGCUUUUCAGCAUUUACGUGAUUCAACUAGGAGGCGUGAAGCGUUCUUCCUUGAGUUCGCUGAGAAGAUACGGCCAGUGUUUGAGAAAACAGUUGUCUACUUGACAGGUGGCUUUAGGACAGCACCAGCCAUGGUUAACGCUGUCUUUUAUGGAGUGACCGAUGGCGUAGGACUAGGAAGACCGAUCACUGCGGAGCCAGACUUACCAGCUAAAAUCCUCCGUGGAGAGUGCUUGGCAGCUUGCGAUGCAAUACCGAAUCAAGAUGACUUUAUGAUCACAUCAGCUGUCAGUAAUAUGCAAAUGGGACAAAUGGGUAGGCGACCUUCCGCCGAAUUGAAAAAUGUGGAUGUUUCGAUUUUGGGAGAACAACUGAAGUUUCGUAAUGGUCGCCAGGCCAAAAAUAGAUUCCUCAAGGCAGCCCUCACUGAAAGAAUUAGUACGUGGGAUCCUAAUGAUUUAAAGAAACGCGGUAUACCUACAGAAAACCUCAUCAAUAUGUAUGACAGAUGGGGACGUGGCGGAUUCGGAAUGAUUUUGACUGGUAAUAUUUGCGUUGAUCCGUUCAACCUUGAGUCGGCCGGCAAUGUGGUGUUUAGCAAAGAGAACGAUUCACCUCAGCUUAGAGAAAGGAGCUCAAAGUUGGCGGCAGCAAUGCGGCAGGAUGGAGCUCUGGCAAUAGCACAGCUUUCACAUGCUGGGCGAUUAACACCAGAAUCAGUGAAUCCUCAGCCAUUCUCAUGCUCUGACGUUCAACUGGUUAUGAAGCGUCGUUUUAUGGGCUUUGGAAAGCCUGUUCCGCUUACUGAAGCGCAAGUGAAAUCAGAGGUGGUGGACAGAUUUGUAUACGCGGCAAAACUUGCCUAUGAUCAGGGAUUUGACGGUGUCCAGUUGCAUGCGGCUCACGGGUACCUGCUGUCACAGUUUAUGUCUCCUACAACGAAUAAACGAACUGACAAGUAUGGAGGAUCGGUUGAGAAUAGAACAAGGGUUUUGCGAGAGAUUUAUCAAGCAAUAAGGGAUGAGAUCGACGUGUCCACUGGCUUCUUGGUUGGUAUUAAGACAAACUCAGUAGAAUUUCAAGAUGGAGGUCUCGACCUGGAAGACGCCGUAGCUAUUUGUGCAAUGAUUGAGAAAGUUGGCUUUGAUUUCGUGGAAUUGUCUGGUGGAACAAUAGAGCGACUAGCUUUCCAACAUAUGCGCGAUUCCACAAGAAAACGGGAAGCAUUCUUCCUUGAAUUCGCUGAAAAGAUUCGUCCAGCAUUGAAGGACACUGUUGUAUAUGUGACAGAUCUGCCAGCCAAAAUUCUUCGUGGAGAAUGCUAUUCGGCAGCAGAUGUCAAACUCGACCAGGAUGACUUUGGAAUUACAUCAAUGGCCAGUAAUACCCAAAUGGGACAGAUGGGUGAGAAGCCACAUACAGAUAACAAAAACCUACGUGAUGGAAUCGCUGAUCUCAGUCAUCCUGAUGAGGCAGAAAACUUCCAAAAGGUCUUCACCCUCUACCUCGAUAAGAUGAGAGAGAUUGCUGAACGGAACGAGCCUUUGCAUGGAUCCAUGCCAUACGAAAACGUGGUGGUUUAG